AAGCUGCUGCUCUCUGCCUUCAUCACCUGCUCAGCCAAUCAGCAGAGGAGAAAUGACCUCUGGGUGGAUGAGAGCCAGAGGCGCUGCUGAUGAAGACGAUGAUGAAGAGAGGAGGAAGAUCAGCUGGAUCUGCGUAAUGACGCAGCAGGAUGAAGCCUGCGUGCGUAAAGCGCCGCGGCUGCAGAAGGAAAUCAACUCUGAGCUUCUUGAUGGAAGCCAGAAACUCUGCGGGUUCAGCUGAUCUGAGGAGAAGGUUCUAGUUUAUCAAGGUCUAUGUGGACCGCUGCACUGAUUCAUUUCCGCCUUAGAAGUUCGAUCCGACAAACAGCAGCAGGUUUUAUUCCUUCAUUCCUGGAGGGAAAUAUCUGAUUAAACUCCCCAUUAAGCAGAGAUUAUGGUUUGAUCCGGAAAUAAACCCCACCAGGCUCUCCGGUUGGUUCCUUCCUGGAAGUUUGCGCAACAAGGAAUAUUUGGUGAGAACUUUAUGGAUACUUUCCCACUGGAUAAAUAAUCCAGAAUAAUCCGGAAUUAUCCUCUUUCCUGACAAAGAAUCAAUGAAGCGGAUCAGAACCAGAGGAAAGUUCUGGUUCCGAAAGUUCUGAGUGAGCAGCUCAGAUUCUUCCGUUUCCUGAACUCAUAGGCCCUCCUCCUCCUCCUUCUCCUUCUCCUCCUCCUCCGGAUAUCGUCCCCCCCGCAGCUGUCGGUCCUCCUCCUCCUUCUGGACCGGACCGGACCGGACCGGACCGCAGGGGGACCCGGUCGGAACCGCUGGCGGCGAUGCGGCAGUGGAAGAAGCUGCUGCUGGCCUCCGUCCUGCUGCUCUCCGCGCUCCUCCUGCUGGGUUCGGUCAGACAGCCCGCCGAACCGCACCUCCUCCCCGCAGAGGAGUACCGCCUGAUCUCCCCGCUCACCUACCGGUACCUGCUGAGCCCCCCCGGGCCGUGCCGGGACAGCAGCCCCUUCCUGGUGCUCCUGGUUCCGGUGGCGCCUCAGCAGGCGGCGGCCCGGCGGGCCGUGAGGGGGACGUGGGGGGCCCCCAGGGUGGGCACCCUGACCCUGUUCUUCUCGGGGAUCCCAGCGGAGGGGCUGCAGUCUCCCCAGCAGAGGGCGCUGGAGGAGGAGAGCGCGCAGCAUGCAGACAUCAUCCAGAUGGACUUCAUGGACAGCUACCAGAACCUGACCAUCAAGACCCUGAUGAUGAUGGGCUGGCUGGGGGCCCACUGCCCCGGGGCCCCCUACGCCAUGAAGGUGGACUCUGACAUCUUCCUCAACAUCUUCCACCUCCUCCGGCGCCUCCGGACCGCCCCCAGAGCGGGCUUCAUCACCGGCUCCGUCAUCAGCGACGGCCGGCCCCGGAGGGACCCCAGCAGCAAGUGGUUCCUGUCGGAGCGGCUCUUCCCUGAGGAGCGCUUCCCCCCCUACGUGUCCGGAGCCGCCUACGUCUUCUCCUCCGACAUGGCGCCCCGCAUCUCCUGGGCCUCCAGGUUCGUGCGUCCGAUUCCUCUGGAGGACGUCUACGUGGGUCUGUGUCUGCGGCUGCUGGGGGUCCGGCCGGUCUACUCCCUCAGCCUGCCGCUCUUCAGGAACCUCUUCCAGCUGCAGAAGCUGCAGUAUGACCGCUGCAGCUUCUCCAGGAUCAUCAUCGUUAACGGCUUCCAGCCGGCAGAGCUGCUGCGGAUCUGGCCGGACUUCUCUGCAGGUCAGGCGGCCUGCCUGUAGCUGCAGGGGGGGUUAGCUGGAGGGACACAGUCAGGAGAUCCUGAGAGGAACCUUUUCAGGACAUCAAAGAAGAAGAAUCACAACAACAACUAUUAUUAUUAUUAUUAUUAUUAUUAUUAUUAUUAUUAUUAUUAUUAUUAUUAUUAUUAUCAGUAAAAGCUGAAAAUGUUUGGAUCCUUUAGAACUUUGUUCUGGAUUCUGUUUGUUUUAAGCUGAGAUGAAUCAGGAGGUCUGGACCUCAG